AUGGCGGACGAACAAAAACUCAAGAAGGCUCCAGGUGCCCGACCAGACAGGGUGAGAUUGGUGGUCCUCUUGUACCGCAAGAAAGGCCUCAGCAUAGAGGAAUUUCACGCUUCCUGGCGAGACGAUUUCGCUCCAAUCAUGUCUGGCGUACCAAUUUUCAAGAAGAAUCUGCUCACUUAUGAACAAUGUCAUGUCAAUGGGGAGGCUCUAAAGGAACUUGAGACAAAAGGCUUUCCUCUUGAAGGGUGCGAUGGGAUUGCUAUGUACGAAGCUUUGUCCUAUGACAAGAUUUUUGAGUGCUUGAACGAUGAAGAGUUCCGGAAGAUCAUAGCUCCGGAGGAAGAGAGGUUGCUGGAUGAGUCGAGGGUAAAGUCUGCUAAGCUCUGA